CCUUUUCGAAAUGUAACUGCAACAAGGAAGAAAGAAGAAGACAAUACAAACGAAAUCAGUUUGCGCAGGUUAGCAUCGAACUUUGGUUUGACAGGAAAAGACCAGAUCGAGACUCUUGAAAGACGAAGACUUUCUGAUUGAUUCGAAGGAAACGUGAUCUGGGUUUUGAAGUUGAAUCUUCAAGUUCGUGUCUUCAAAGUUUCAUCCCACUGGAGAUUGGCACACCAAAUCUCAUAUGAACGGAGUUCUUAAUACAACCAUCCUGUAAAUUUAGGAGAGAAGUGAUCAGGUCUUUUCAUUAGCAAUGAAAUCUUACGAAAACGAUGGAGUGGACUUGGAAGAUGGGAAGACACGAAAAGCUGGAGAUAAACCAACUCUGAGAAAGAUACCUAAUCAGGCUCUGUUAUCUGGUUUGGCUUAUUGCGUUUCAUCAUGCAGCAUGAUACUAGUUAACAAGUUUGUUCUUUCCAGCUACAACUUCAAUGCUGGGAUAUUCUUAAUGUUAUACCAGAAUCUUGUCUCAGUGAUCAUUGUUAUGGCUUUGAGCUUAAUGGGUCUAAUAACAACUGAACCAUUGACCUUGAGAUUGAUAAAGGUCUGGUUCCCCGUCAACGUGAUAUUUGUUGGGAUGCUUAUCACCAGCAUGUUUAGUUUGAAAUACAUCAACGUAGCAAUGGUCACUGUCCUGAAGAAUGUCACUAAUGUAAUAACAGCAGUUGGUGAGAUGUAUCUAUUCAACAAGCAUCAUGACAACAGAGUGUGGCUUGCUCUCUUCUUAAUGAUAAUUUCUGCAGUAUCUGGAGGGAUAACAGAUCUUUCUUUCAAUGCUGUUGGCUAUGCUUGGCAAAUUGCUAAUUGCUUCCUAACUGCAUCGUACUCUCUGACACUGAGAAAGACAAUGGAUACGGCCAAGCAAGUUACUCAAUCUGGAAACUUGAACGAGUUCUCCAUGGUCUUGCUUAAUAACACGCUUUCAUUACCGCUUGGCCUUAUUCUUUCUUUUGCUUUCAACGAGAUGGAUUAUCUAUAUAACACGCCACUUCUUCAAUUGCCAAGUUUCUGGAUUGUCAUGACACUCAGUGGACUUCUAGGUCUUGCUAUUAGCUUCACUUCGAUGUGGUUUCUUCAUCAAACCGGAGCUACAACAUACAGCUUGGUGGGAUCACUAAACAAGAUACCGCUGUCUAUUGCGGGGAUCGUUCUUUUCCAUGUAGCAACCAGUUUGCAGAACUCAGCAAGCAUACUCUUUGGUCUUGUGGCUGGAGUUGUGUUUGCUAGAGCCAAAAUGAGGGAGAAGUCCUAGAAACAGUUUACCAUUUCCAACACUUUAUCUUACAGCAAUUAGUAUUUUGGUGCUUAAAAAGAUUAAGCUCGCCCAAUUCAAUUGUUUGUGGAGUAGAGUUGGGGUUUACAACCUCACAAUUACAGUGAGAAUAUGUGUUAAAGGUACUUGCCACACUAUGACUAGUGACAAGACUUGUAGAAAAGUAUUAACUGAAUGUAUUGAUUCUUGGAUGGUCAAAGAGGAGCUGAGUUAUAUGUUUCUGAUUUUGACCUUAUGUGCUACAUCCAUUUUGAUUACAUCUAUUGUUUAUGUGUUUUUCUCCUCAUAUUAUGAGAAUCUUGUUAUUUGGUCGUCCAUAAU